AUGGACGACAAAUCCCCUACUACCGUCGGCUCUCGAAGGGGGGUGCGGCUGCCGCCAAUUCAAACAAACAGGAACUCGACUGUUCGUGUUAAACCGCCUCUCCCAGAGGAACUCGAUAGCGAUACAUGGGCAAACCGGGUCCCUCUACGUCCCAAGUCUCACGGAUUCACUCUAAAGAAACUGUUUACUAGAACAAGACCUCAUCCCCUACCCGCAUCAAGCAGAAACCCCCAGACGCCUGCCACAGCACCUCCUGAUCAACUACGAGUCACCAGUCCUCUGUCAAGAGCAACUCCGCCGAUUGCCAGCGUAAAUGCUACCCCGAUAUCAGUUAAAUCUUCAAUUCAAUUUCCCCUUCCCAAUGACGACAAUACACUGGCCGGCGAAGUUACGGGAGUUGCAUCAUCACUGGAUCCUCCACCUCUAUUCAUGGUGUACCCCCAGGCUAUAAAGUAUGCAACGCUUCCGUGCCCUACUUUGUCUACAGAAGAGAUCUUGCGUCGCAAGUUGCGCCGGGAUUUAAAAGCUGGCAACGCCAGGGACCGGUCUACGGACACCGAUAGCAAGAGUGAUGGUUCUGGGGCCAAUGGUGUUAUUAAAGUGAAGAACUGGCAGAAAGGGACGAGAUUACACGCCAGGAGCCAGUCUAGCCAGCCUAGCGGUAUGAAGUGGUCCCAGAAGAUAUUUAUUCUGUUAGCGAGCGGCCAUCUACUUCAAUAUAGUGUUGAUGGCAACUUUGAUCGCCUCCCUGAAGAAGUAUUAACUCUGGGAGAGAAAUCAGUCGCUUUUGCAUGCGAUGCUAUUCCGGGAAAGCAUUGGGUUCUACAAAUAUCGCAAACUCAAGAAGACGUUGAACCGAGCAUGGAGCCGAAGAAGACAAUAUUGGAUCGGCUUCGACGUACUAAUACAGAGCCACGAAAGCCAACAAGCAGCUUCUUACUGGUCCUGGAUAGCGCGGAAGAACUGGCCUCCUGGCUCAUGUUCGUCCGGCGUGAAAUACAAGGCCUUGGGGGAAAGGACUAUUCCUCCGAAGCUCCUGGGCUCAAUCAGUUCCAACCUCCACAAACGACCCAUCAAACUCAUGGGGACAUACGAAACAGCAUGAUAGACCAGACUCUGUCGCCCACGUUGAGCGUAAGGGACAGCCAAAUAUUCGUUCCUGGGCACCUUGAAGAUGGUGUGAAACCAGAAUGCCAGAAAUCUAUACACCAGUCGAUUGAGGUGCCCUCACCAUCGUCUUUGGCAAGUGCACCGGAACUUGACAGCCUUAAGCGUAACUCUAGGCUAUCUUGUGUUUCUAUUGGGACUCGAACCAUGCCAAGUUCCCAAUCAUCAUCUUCAUCCGUUACGGCUAGAACGACGGCCUCCAAACCCCCAGGCGUAGAAUCGCCGAAAAUUCCACGCAGCCCUAAUCGGGUUGCAAGUGCUGAUUUAGGGGGUCGGAGCAGGCCUAAUAUCGGCUCCUGCGCUAAUCUAGAAGAUGUUUUCAGCGAUACGCCAGACCUACCACCCCGAGCCGAAAGCCGCAUCCCUUCAACACCAAACUUUAGCCAUCCUAUUCUCAGUAAACGAAAUUCGAUUGCGACUAGCCCUAAGACGAUCUCUUUUCCACUCGACGGCAGGGCAUGUCAGAGCCCUAUUUCACAUCUUAUUCCCACUUUUGAAACUGUCGAUGGCUCCAAACUUGAUGAGCUCAUUAAUUCUAAUCAGGCCCCACGCCCGGGAAGAAGGAAAAGCGUUGGUGGCGGAAUACACGAACCUGAUGAGGCCGACAGUUUCGCAGGAACAGACAACAGUCAGGAACUGGAACUGGACCACGAUGUACCUUCUUCAUUCGUGCGUUCGUCAAAUCUCCAGCGUGUCUCUCAAGUACGCAGAUACUCAUCGGAUGGCAUUCAAAACGCCAAUCCUCCGCUUUCUGAAUACCGACCGGCCCUGUCGAUCCUCGAGGACGACCCAUUAGAUAUUCCCAGCCAACCUUCAAGACUUCAGUCAAGGAAUAGCCCACGUGAGGUACGCAAAAGGCCACAUAGUUUGGGCCCCAGGGCUUAUACCGAACCCAGAAUUAGGACAUGUCGGAGUGUCCGCCAGUCAAGCCCCAAUCCGGAGCCCAGUCAAGAACCGGUCCGGCGCCAACGGUCUAUGACUACGAAGUCGUGCAACAGUAGGAGGUCGUCCCUGACUUCUCUUUCAAGUAGGAAGAGCAUGCCACAUAUUCCACACGGCCCUCCUCCUGCUCCACCUCCGACUUGCCCGUUACCAGAGGUCCCGCCAGGUAUAUUCCCCGAGUCGUCUCCGUGUGAAGCAUCACGGCUUAGCAUCAUUAGCUGCCAGCCGCUGCCACAAAAAAGCGCCUAA